AUGCAGGCAAUCCGGCAACCGAUGCGCUCCGCGCUCUCCAAGGCCGCUACCAGGCAGUAUGCGACCGCUUCCUCGCAAUAUGCCGAGACGAUUAAGAACCUUCGCAUCAACGGCGACACCAAGGUCCUGUUCCAGGGCUUCACUGGAAAGCAGGGAACCUUCCACGCACAACAGGCGAUUGAAUACGGCACAAAGGUUGUUGGAGGCACAAACCCCAAGAAGGCGGGCACUGAACACCUUGGACUGCCCGUCUUCAAGAACGUAGCAGAGGCCAUGAAGGAGACUCAAGCUUCCGCUACUGCCAUCUUCGUUCCCCCACCGGUCGCUGCCGCCAGUAUCGAGGAGGCCAUCAACGCAGAGGUUCCCCUGAUUGUGACUAUCACUGAGGGUAUCCCACAGCACGACAUGGUCCGUAUCACAGAUAUGCUCAAGACCCAGAGCAAGUCUCGCAUGGUUGGCCCCAACUGCCCCGGUAUCAUCGCUCCCGGCCAAUGCAAGAUCGGUAUCAUGCCAGGCUUCAUUCACAAGCGUGGCCGCGUCGGUAUUGUCUCCCGUUCCGGAACUCUCACAUACGAAGCCGUCAACCAGACUACCCAAGCCGGCCUUGGCCAGUCGCUGGUCGUCGGUAUCGGUGGUGACCCCUUCUCUGGAACCAACUUCAUCGACUGCCUGAACGUCUUCUUGAAGGACGAAGAGACUGAUGGUAUCAUCAUGAUUGGUGAGAUUGGCGGUACCGCUGAGGAGGAUGCUGCAGACUUCUUGAAGGAGUACAACACUGCCAACAAGCCCGUUGUCAGUUUCAUUGCUGGUAUUUCCGCGCCCCCAGGCAGGAGGAUGGGUCACGCCGGUGCUAUUGUUAGCGGUGGAAAGGGCGAUGCCAACUCCAAGAUCACCGCGCUUGAGGCUGCUGGUGUCACCGUUGAGCGCUCCCCCGCCAAGCUUGGUUCAUCUCUCUACGACCAGUUCGUCAAGCGCGACUUGAUAUAA